AUGGCUGAUACAGAAUCAGAAAAUAAUGAUGAAAGACUACAAGUUUUAAGAAUGAUUAACGCAAUAAAAUUAGCAAACAGAGCACAAGUACCACCCUCUGUUUUGUCAUACCAUAUUGCUCGAAAUAAUUCAGACAUCAGAUUUGUAACCUCUGCUGGACAACCAGACAACAACAACAUGGAUCAAACUAAUAAGAAACCUGAACAAGACAAAGUUACGGAUACGAUGUCAAGUAGCUAUGGAGAAGCAUAUGCAACAAGAUCAGAUGAAGAAGGUUUUGGAGGGAUUUAUGGUGGAAACAAAGAGGAUGAAGAAAAUAUUAAACAUGGCAAAGCCCCUGAGUAUGAAACUAAACAAGGAAGUGAAGUCAAAGAGAAGGAGAAGGCUCGUAAUCAGCCUUGAUUUUUUUUUUGCCAUAACUCAUUAUCUUAAAUAUAUAUGUA